GGCUCUCCAAAUCAGAUAAAUAGAUAGAUAGAUAGAUAGAUAGAUAGAUAGAUAGAUAGAUAGAUAGAUAGAUAGAUAGAUAGAUAGAUAGAUAGAUUGAUUGAUUGAUUGAUUAUUGGAGAAAAGACAUCAGUAAUUACAUUGAAUGAAGAUAAUCGCCUUUUUAAUAAUGACAAAUAAUGUCGAAAAAUGUUGACAAAUCUGGAAAGGGCCUACAAUAUUUUGACGUGGUGGUGAACUAGAAUAAGCAUUAGAAAAUAUGGAGGAGACUUUCUUCCCCUCUUCAAGUUUGCCUUCAACUCACGUGACGAAAGUGCGAAUCGAAAGCCAACGACAGUCGGCUGCACAGUUUUGUUUCUUACAGGAGCAGACUUCCAUGAUCGAUCCUCCAAUCCAUGAACUGGUCUUCUUAAGUGCUUCUUCUUGAUAUUUCAUACUGAAGAAAUAUCACCAAACAUUACGAACCUCGGAGCUGACUGGGGAGCAGCUGAAAACGGCAGAGACCCUGUUGAAAAGAUAUUUACCGCGGUCACAGCCGGCGUGUAAACUCGUACAAUAUUGUAAACAGACUAAUGCAAAUCGAUGAUCGCUACAAUUGACUUUUAUGUCGUCGGCGUCACUUUUGAAAGUACACUGCCUCACUAAUAACUGAUCAAACUAUUAGUUGUAUUAGUUGUAUAUGUAAGUUAUUUGUUUCAUUUUUAAGGUUUACGGUACUUUGGUCCUCAGAAACAGAGUCAGAUCAGACCCUGUAAAGGUUUUAGUGGACAGAUGGCCAGAGUUCAAUGUUAUCCUCAGCAAACCACAAUAUGAACAGGAGGGUGAUCUCUUCAAAGACGUACUGGUUUUUGCAAACGAUGAAGUUAUGCUCAAGGAAACCAUAAGGAAGUCGUCUGUUAUUGAUUGGACCUUGUUCCUUUGUGUUGGAAUUGAUCUUCGCCAUGCAGAGAUAUUCACAGCUGUGGCAUCAGAAAAAAACGCACCCAGCAAAAAAAGGGCCGUGUGUCACAUGAUGAUUCUAGAGGAUGUAUCCAAGCUUCCCUCUCUAGACAGCAUCAACCCAGGGAUCUGCCUAAGUUGUCUGGAUGAAUCUCACAUUGGCUUAGUGAAUCAGACAUGGAAGUUUGGAAAGAAUGAGGCUGCUAUGAGGAUGAUGCACAACAUGACUGCAAACUUCCCCUCCUGCUGUGUGCUGGAUGCAGAGAGAAAGCCUGUGUCCUGGAUCCUGACCUAUUCGUCGUGUGCCAUGGGGAUGUUGUACACUCUGCCAGAGCACAGAGGGAAAGGCUACGCCAAAGUCCUGGUCGGCACCAUGGCCAGAAGACUCCUUGCUGAGGGCUACCCAGUCUACUGCUUCAUAGAGGAGGAGAACACGGUCUCCUACAGGCUCUUUAAAAACUUGGGCUUUACUGAAAAUCCCUCGUACAGGGAAACCUGGUUUGCAUUCAAUGAUAUUUAGAUACUUCAAUA